AUGGACAAGUACCUCAUGAGCUCGCCCACCCAGCUAUCCCAACCGUUCGAAGCCUCCAACGACUCGUUCCACUUGGGGUUGGACCUCGCCGACUACGAGUCCUCCUCCAACGACAAGCACUACAACGCAGAGGUGGUCCCGGUCUCCAACAACUCCAAGUCGUUCAUCGGCACCGACUACGACGCCAUGAACCUCAUGGCCUACCCCAACGCCAACGGCUCCAUGGCUGAAGAUGCCACUUUGAACGGUGACCCCUCCGACUCGACCUACAUGGACGACGCUGGCUUCGGGUCGGCCUCCACCAAGUUCAGCCACUCCAAGAAUGUCUCCCUUGACGACGGCAUAUACUCGUCCCAGCUCCUCUCUAACCAGUUCUCCUCCCACAAGGCCUCCCACCAGUCCAACUUGUCCACCUCGUCCAUGAUAUCCAUGUCACAGGACCCGCCCAUGUACUUGGACUACUCCAAAUCCACGGGCACGUCGGAUUUCAACAACAUACACAGUUCAUUUUCCAACAACACUAUUUAUUCCAUGGAGUCCAUUCCACAGUUGUCCUCUUCAGUGUCGAACCACUCGUUGUCGGACUCUCCAUCCUCCCAGCAGACUUUCAACAAGCCUUCGCUGGCCCAACAAAUUCACCUCCACCAACCGGUAGUGGCCACGCCCCGGAGAAUCGGAAGAAACAAGUCAUUAUCCGUUUCGUCGAUGAACAACCUGUUCAAUACCCCUAUGAGGGGCCACUCAUCUGCCGCUCUCUCCCCCGUGAACUUGGCCGGAAACCCUUCAUCGAAGGUUACUAAAACUCCUCAUUCAAAGCCAAAGGGUCAUUCAAGAUCUAGGUCGAAGAUGUCUCUUGAUACACCAGUAGUAUUGGGAGCUACCAAGUCUUCAUCGUUCCAGAACUUGGCUGGAAACGCUAACUUGAACCCUUUUUACACCCCAUCUACAUUUGUCUCCCCAAGAGUGGAUCAAACUUCGGGUGAUAUAGACGACAUAGGAACUCCUUUGCCCACCCCAAGUUCCAAUAGGAAUACCGCAGUUUCUGCUGUUGGUUCUUUCCUUUCCCCAUCAAAUAAUUGGACCAAUCCUUCUACUACAAACUUCGGGACCCCAUUUCCUUUGAAAAGAACAGAAACGCUUGAAUCAAUCAAAAUUGAGGAUCAAGAUGAUGAUGCAUUAAAACAAUUGAAGAAGGCCAAAUCUCUUUCGAGUUUCCCACAACCAGGUUUAAAAAUGAAGAAAGACUCUUUUCCUCAUACUGAUCUCACUCAGUUGGCUACAAAGCUUUCGUCAACUACUACAAUUCAAGAUCUGGAAGAUAUUGUAUCCUCAAAUUCAACUCCUGGUGUAUACUAUUCUAGCACCUCACCAUCGCAUACCUUCGGAAAACCACUUACUUAUUCCGAUGCCAAGUCAUAUUCUGUGCCAACAACGAGCACAGAAUACGCGGACCAAAUCAAUGGCAAGCCGGGCAUUGAUUUGAUGCUGGCGCAAUUUGCAACAGAAGGUGCUAAUAAGAUGAAUAGAAGGCCCAUGGUUGCUGCAUUCACUAAAUCAUAUCCAGCAUCUAUUGAUUUGGCUUCAAUUGCCACCUCUCCAAUGGAUGCCAGUCUCUCAGCUCCCACCACCUUAUCUCAACAAUAUCAACAGUCAAUGAGAAAUCCAACUCCACUUUCUGCACCAAAUUCAGGCAAUGGUUCCGUGCCAAACGGUGCUGCCUUAUUGCCACCAAUGGCAACGUUUUCAACGCAAGCGGAAUUUCUUAAUGAUCAAUAUCAAGGUACCCCACCAUCAAUGGAUUUAUUGCAAUUAGAUUCGAAAUCACAAGUAUCUGUCCCAAGUUCAUCGAUCACCCAGUUGAGAAAUAUGUCUAAGAUAGAUAUUCCAAUUGUCAAGAAUAACCGUGCCGACAAGGACGACAAGAAGGAAGCAAAAAAGAAACACAAGUGUCCCAUUUGUGAAGCUAGGUUCCAGAGACCUGAACAUGUAAAAAGACACAUGAAGAGUCAUUCUUCUGAGAAACCAUAUCAAUGUGAUCAACCUGCUUGUGGGAAAAGAUUUAACAGAAAAGAUAACUUGAAGGCACAUUUGAAGAAGAUUCACCAGAGACAAGUCUAG